UGUGGGAAUACAUACUUUAAGAGAGCUUGGUGGGACGAUUAAGGCUAGAAAUGGGGGAAAUAAGACACAAGCAGUAGUCCUGCACUUGAUUAAAAGGUUGCCCAAGCUUCCUAAAGGCUCUGGCUAUCACGUUUACCUUGAUAAUCUCUUUGUUUCUACUCGCUUUAUUCAAUACGCUCGCUUCCAGGGAGUUGCAAUUACUAGGACUUGCAGGACAACUAGUAGGGUUAUUAAGGAGCUUCUUGACCUUCAGAAAUCAGAUAAAAAGGACGUAAUACCCUGGGGUGAAACCCAUUCCAGGUAUACGCCUAAUGGGGAAGUGUGUCACGUUGGGUGGAAAGAUCAAGCUUUUGUUUUAAUAAUGUCUUCCUUUAUAUCAGGUGACGAGCGUGUUUUACGGCUAAGGAAGAGGCCUAAGGAGACUUCUUCUAAAGCAAAGACUGUACGAAAACCUUUUGGUAAUCAGGCUAUAAAGGUACUUUUAAUUCCUGUAAUUGCGGACGGAUAUAAUUAUCAUAUGGGAGCAGUUAAUGAGUUUGAUCACCUGACUGCCCAGAACGCUGGUUUGCGGCACGUGGAGCGAGGAGGGCACCAAGUACUAGAGCACUGGCUACUUCGUACGGUUCUAAUCAAUUGCUAUUUACUUGCUUUAUGCAGUGAUGUGCCAGAACCUAGGCAAGUGAGCUUCAGGAGUCAGCAGGACUUCAGGAGACAGCUUAUUAGUACUCUAAUUACUAAAGGAAGGGAUAGUGAGAUCUGUCCAAAGCGAAGGAUAUCACAGAUUAGCCAGGAAGCUAAAGUGCCUAUAUAAUCGCACAAGCAAGUAAAGCUUAGUAAGGCUGGGAAGUGUGUAUGCUGUAAGGGUAUGAGAUAUGGAGAUCGGCCGAAAAAACGGGUUGCACUAGCUCAAAUUGCAGCUAAUCAGGGCAGGGAAAGCUCAAGGCAUUAGAGUAUCUAUGGGUGCGAGCAAUGCGACGUUCAUUUAUGUAAGAAUCGGGGUUGUUUUGAUGUAUUCCAUAGAGAGAAGUGAGAAUUGAUACUUUUAAGGGGGUGGUUUAGCUUUCUAAUUGGCUAGAAUUACGCGAAAAUCGUCGUGCACGGGCCAACCCGUCCCUGGUGGCAGCGUAACGGAUAAA